UGGGUCAAGCUCAAGAAUAGACUAGCUCAAGAAGGAUACACUAACUUCAGUGCUAAUUCAAAAACUCUUCCUCUUGAAAUGGAUAUUGUCAGGGCAUCAUAUCCUUAUGCUUGCAGUACCUCUGGGCCCGGCGGUGGGAGUAAAGGCCAGCUUGUCUUCCCUGAAGGUGCUGUAUUGUUGGUGGCAGAAAGGUCGGAUGAUGGCUGGUGCAGGGGAUACUCUGCAGGCAAUCAAGGCUGGUUCCCUGCAUCUUACGUCUCUCCAAUAACGCCAGAACAACUCCUAGUGCAUUCAGUGAAUCCUGUAGCAUUGAACAGCAUCCUUCGCUCGCCCUCAUGGACAGUUUAUGCAACAGUGGAGGGGAAGCUCUAUUAUGUGAACAAUAACUCAAAAGAGACAUCUUGGACACUGCCUAGUCCUCCAGGCAAUAGUUUAGAUACACUGAGUGUCCCAACUGAGAAAUCACCUCUUCAUGUGUCAAACGGGGUCGCAAUGAGAAGGAAAACAAUGAAAGAGGCCGAGAAACCCAAGAAAGCGAAAUAUCGAAUUGUCAAUGGUAUUACUUUCUGUAUCGAAGGCGGCGAGCCUCAGGAGUUAAUGAAUCCUCAGGCACCUUCCUACAUUGAUUACUUUUGGUCUGAUAAAGGGGAUCGAAGUGGUUUUGACGUUAUAAGAGAGAAGCACGUCCAAGGGAAAGACGUUAUCAAGGAGAUGAUGGAUUUCUUCAAAGAAAGAGCUGCCAUUGAAGAGCAAUAUGCACGCAACCUAAACAAACUGUCAAAAUCCACUCAUGGUGAACAGGAAGAAGGAACUUUAUUGGCUGCAUGGAAGUCACUCAAGGCUGAAUUAAGACAGAGAUCAGAGGCACACAGCAAGUUUGCCAGCAAGAUAACAGAAACGAUUGAAAAGCCACUGUUUGAAUUUAAAGAAUCACAGAAGACAGAUAGGAAGCAUCAUGAGCAACUUUUGGAGAAAUCGAGAAAGCAAUUGCAGUCACUUGAUGCAGCCAUUGAUAAAGCUAAACAGUCAUUGAAUGGGUUGGUAAAAACAAGCGGCAAGAUGAAAAGGCAAAGCAGCAUAAAUGGAGAUGUAAAGAUUGGAGACGACAUGAAAAAGUUGGAAGCAACAUAUAACCAGGCUCAAAGACUUUGGGUGGAUAAUAUGAUUGCAGCUUGUAGAGAUUUCGAGCGCCAUGAAGAAGAACGCUCUGCUUAUCUAAAGGACCGGUUUCUUGCUUACAUUGAUCUCUGCGUUGAAGCACAAGAAACAACAGCACAGGCUUUGACUUAUUCUACAAAUAUGGUUGACAAUAUAAAUAAAAAAGCAGACAGGGAAUUCUUCAUCAAAAAGAAAGGGACAGGUACACUAAGACCUGUUGACAGAGUCAUACUUGAAACUUGAAACUAAAUUAACAAACCUUCAUUAUUAUUUGUUUUUAUUAUUCAUUU